AUGGGUCUUGAAAUGAUUCAACUUCACGGCAAGGUGAGAGAGAGAGUAAAAUUUUGUUUCGAACUCAUCCUUGGAUUGGAUACAGCAGCACGGCUUUUGCUCGAAACUGCUAUCGCAAAAAGCUGUCGAAGAAGAUCACCAGAAGAAAUAAUGCGCGAACACUUUCAGCUGGUCGAUCAGCUGAACGCAUCUCCAUGGCAAAUUCGUGAAACGAAUAUGCGUUUAGCUAUUGGAUUUAUAGUGAUGUUCUUCUAUUUGUUAAUUGGUGCUGCGGUCUUCGUUCGAAUCGAAGGACCAGCUGAAGAUCUGGACAUGCAGACAUAUCAGGAGUUUAGAGCACACUGGAAUAAUGUUCUUAUGGAAGCCGGAUUCGAGGAAAGGGAUAUAGAUCAACUGUUUGCUGAUAUUCGAGUGAUGGCUCUCAAAGGAAUUUGGACUGAGAAAAAUAUUACGAAUGAGCCGAAUUGGGGAUUCGGACAAGCAUUCUUCUUCGCUGGUGCUCUCAUAAGUACUGUUGGUAAGAUUCUAUUCGCAUUCUUACAAAAUGACUCUUUCUCACCUCUAAAUACCAGAUUUUGA